CAGUCCAGUGAGGAGUGUUGAGAGGAGCCAGCUGUAGACGUUCCUGAGGGAGGAAGAGGACCCAGACAGACAGAGACACACCAUGUCGACCGAUGGGAUGUCACGGGAGGAGGCUGAGGAGUACCAGAAACAGCUGGUGGACGAAAAGAUGGAGAGAGAUGCUGAGUUCCUGGUAAAGAAGGCUGAGAGGGCAACCUUGCGGACCUGCCUCAGAGAUAAAUACAGACUGCCAAAGAGUGAACAGGACGAGAAUAUGAUCCAGUUGGCGGGAGAUGACAUCGACGUCCCCGAUGAGCUUCUCAAGAUGGUGGAAGACGACGUGGCGGAGGAAGAGCAAAACGACUCCCUCCUGGGGCAGAUGCAGAACCUGCAGAACAUGGACAUGGACCAGAUCAAGGAGAAGGCAUCCGCCAUGGCCACGGAGAUGAAGACCAAGGCGGAGGAGAAGUGCUCUGUCAUGUGAGGACCAGAGACUAUUGAAGCAAGAUUUGCCCUUCAAAUGGGUCAAAUUGUAUUUCAAAAUCUUUUCCUUUGAGCUUGGGUGGGGUUUGAGAUGGGUGCUUACAAACGUGCUGUGUUUUAAAGGGUUUCAAAUACUCUUUGACCCAUGUAUGACCUGUUCAAGAUUAGUUCCCUACUCCAAGUAUUAAUUUUACUUCCCUGACACAUUCCAGCUCUGAUUACUUCUUCAGGCUACCUUAGUUUGGUUAAUCUGUCAACAGGCAGUCUCCUGGACAGGUGAAGUAUAACCUGCCCUAUGGCUAUGGGAGGUUUUGAGGAAAACUUGACAGGGUAAUGAGUUAACUUUCUUUGU